AUGGAAAUAUAUAUUAUAUUUAUAAAGUAAAUUAACUCUUAAUUAUAAAAGAUUGUAUUAAUUAAUUUAUUGGGGAAUAUUUGUAUAAAUAAAUAACAAAAUUAAAGUGCCAAAAUUAUUAAAAUAAAUGGAUAUUCUAGAUUGAAUUGUCCAAAUAAGUAGAUUUUAGUACCAAGUAUUUAAAAUUUAUCAUAAAAUUUGGAUACUUUUGAGGAAGACUUUUAUAAAAGUUAAUUUAUUAUAAAUUUCUAGUCCAAUAAUCAAAAAAAUCAAAGCACAAUGAAGAAAUUUAUCAAUUAAACUUAAUUUAAUGUUCUUCUCUAUGUCACAUAGAUGAUAACAAUGAUAUUCAUUAAAAUCAUCAAUCAAAAUUGA